AUGCAGUUCCUUGAACAAAACCCUUUGCUUUCCGAUUCUCAGCAUGGAUUCCGAAAAGGCAGAUCCUGUGUGACAAACCUGCUCUACUGUCUGGAACACUGGACUAGGGCUGUUGAUAGAGGAGAUAUGGUGCAUGCCAUCUAUAUCGACUUUAAAAAGGCCUUCGAUAGUGUGCCUCACCACCGCCUUCUAUACAAACUUAGCCGUGCAGGAGUGCGGGGUAAGCUUCUGAUGUGGAUUCGGAGCUUUUUAAUCGGCCGCUCUCAAGCCGUCCACGUCGGUGACCAACAAUCUGCCGAGGUUGCCGUUAAGAGUGGUGUUCCCCAAGGCUCUGUUCUUGGCCCUACGCUGUUCCUCGUAUACGUCAAUGACUGCGCAAACGAACUGAAUUGCGAUAUUGCAAUGUUUGCCGAUGACAUAAAGAUGUGGAGUACCAUACGAAGCGAAGUUGACGAGGCGCGACUGCAGACAAGUCUGGACCACCUCGAGCAAUGGUCGAAAGACUGGCUUCUACCGUUCAACGUAAACAAGUGUACUUUCCUACGCGUCGGCAGAACCAGUUCUCCUAACCACACGGUCUACCGUCUGACUGGCAAACCACUGCAAGAUGUCGACGCCCAGAAGGACUUGGGUGUAUGGAUCACAACCUCGCUUAAGCCUUCGCUGCAAUGUUCAAAGGUGGCCAAGUCGGCGAUGUCCAUGCUAUACCUUGUCAAACGGGCGUUCUCCUCCUUCGAUGAAGACUGCUUCGCUAAGGUCUUUCAAACUUUUGUGCGACCGCAUCUGGAGUUUGCUAUCCAAGCAUGGCGACCCUGGACCGCUAAAGACUUGGGCAUACUCGAAAAAGUUCAACGGCGAGCAACGAAACUUGUAUCUGGGCAGUGGUUACCCCUACGAAACGCGAUUAGCUAA